UCUCUCAGCUUUUGUUUAUCUGGAAAUUGUUUGAUACCUCCUUCAAAUUUAAAUGAUAAUCUUGCUGGAUACAGUAUUCUUGGUUCGAGGCCCUUCUGUUUCAUUACAUUGAAUAUAUCAUGCCAUUCUCUUCUGGCCUGUAAGGUUUCUGUUGAGAAGUCUUAUGAUAGCCUGAUGGGGUUUCCUUUGUAUGUGAUCUUUUUUCUCUCUCUGGAUGCUUUUAAAAGUCUGUCAUUGUCAUUGAUCUUUGCCAUUUUAAUUACUAUAUGUCUUGCUGUUGUCUUCCUUGGGUCCCUUGUGUUGGGAGAUCUGUACACCUCCAUGGCCCGAGAGACUGUCUCCUUCCCCAGAUUAGGAAAAUUUUCAGCAAUUACCUCCUCAAAAUCACUUCCUAUCCCUUUUUCUCUCUCUUCUUUUUCUGGUACCCCUAUAAUGUAAAUAUUGUUCCAUUUGGAUUGGUCGCACAGUUCUCUCAAUAUUCUUUCAUUCCUAGAGAUCCUUUUUUCUCUCUGUGCCUCAGCUUCUUUGUAGUCCCCUUCUCUAAUUUCUAUUCCAUUUGCUGUCUCUUCUAUUAUAUCUAAUCUGCUUUUAAAUCCCUCCAUUGUAUUUUUCAUUUCAAAUACUGAAUUUUUUAGUGAUCAAAUCUCCAUCCUCAAUUUGUCCCUGAGUUCUUAAAUAUUUUUCUCUACCUCCAUGGGCAUGUUUAUGAUUUUUAUUUUGAAGUCUCUUUCAGGAAGAUUGAUGAGGUUCAGUUUCACCUGGUCUUCUUUCUGGUGUUUGUGGGAUUUUGGUUUGAACCAGGUUCCUUUGAUGUUUCAUAUUUGUAUGUGGUGCCCUCUAGUGUCCAGAAGCUCUACUGUCUGGAGCUGCUCAGCCCCUGGAGUGAUGUUGGGGGUUGUGGGGGAGAGGUGCUGGUGCCCGGGAGGAGGAAAGAGCUGUUUCCUGUUUCCCAGAUACUAUGCCUGUCUCCACUGUCUGAACCAGUUGGUCGAGCACACAGGUGUAAGCCUCUGUGCUUUGGGUUAGUACCUGCUGUAGGCAGGCCCCCGCCUCUGGCUGCCCUGAUACCAGGGCAGGGACUGCUGGUUUGGGAGCUGGUGCCGACAGUCUGGGCGGAAGGCGCAGAAGGCUGCAUAUCACAGUGGGGGUCUCAGAGCUGCGUUGCCAGCCAGGGGGAUGGAGUGCCUGAAACUCCAGAAAGUUCCCAACCUGCUGGACAGGGUGGACCUGGAGAAUUUUAUCUACCUAUCCUUUCUCCUGAGCAGCAAGCUCUGUUCAAUCCUUGCCCCUUUAGCAGCCCUCUUGCUGUUCGGAAGUCUCUCAGACUGCUCGCUGUUCUUUUGUCCUAGAGCAGCCGGAUAUGGAUCCCUGUUUUCCACAAGCGGCUGGAAUCUCAGUCUCCCCAAAUAUUCCACCUGUCUUAGUUUUCCAACCCCACAAACCUCCAGAGCACUAUGCAAUGUAUGUUCAUGCUCCCAGAGCAGAUCUCCAGGGCUGGGUGUUCUGUAUUCCUAGGUUUCCACCCCCUCCCUGCUCCAUUUCUCUUCCUCUUGCCAGGGAGCUGGGGUUGGGGAAGAGCUUGGGUCCCUCCAGAUCACGGCUUUUAUAUGUUGCCCUGUUCUGUGAGGUCUUUUCUUUUCUCCAGGUGUAUGCAGUCUGGCGCAGCCUUCUUUCCUGUCACUCUUUUAAGAUUUGUUGUAUUAACUAUAUUUUCUUUUUAUAUGUGAUUUUCGGAGGAGGUCUCUGUCUUGCCUCUCAUGCUGCCAUCUUUAGUCCCACUCUUGUAUUCUCUUCCCAACACUUUUAAUCAGCCUAUAAAUUCUGGAGAACAUAGAAAGUGAGUAAGUAUUAGAAAAUACAUUUUUGGGAAAGUAGAAAAAUUGUAAAGGAAAUAUUAAAUUGUGAAUCUUUUAUAGUGUACAUAUGAGUUUUGCAUGCAGAUAAGCCAAAUGAAUUAUUUGGUUAUCAUAGGUAAUAUGGAAAAUUACUGAUAUCUAUUAUUAAAACAUGUACAUUUAUAACUAUGAAGAAAUGGUAGUACAGUUAUUGAAAAGGAGUUUUGUUCAAGUAAUGGUGAAUUUUUAACUUUAAGCCUAUAAAAAUUUUGGGAAAAACUGUGAUUCGGACAUUUUCUACUAUGUUCAUAGAGAACAAAUAACAUCAAAAAGUGUUUCAGUUAUUUAAAACAUGAAUGUAAUUAAUGGAGUGCUUUGUUAUUGACCUACUUGAUAUGUACUAUUUUAAUUUCAUAACCUUUAGAUUUUGUAUUUGAACUGCAUUUGGGAAUUCAUCUUUACUUACAAUGUCACCAUCAAGUGAAGGUCCAGUUGAACACACACCCCCAGAUGGAGGCUGGGGGUGGGCGGUACUCGUUGGAGCUUUCAUUUCCAUCGGCUUCUCUUGUGCUUUUGGCAAAUCUAUUUCUGUAUUUUACAAAGAUAUUGAAGUAAUAUUUAAUGCCAGCACCAGCGAAGUGUCAUGGCUGUCGUCCAUCAUGUUUGCUGUCAUGUACGCUGGAGGUCUUAUCAGCAGUAUCCUGGUGAAUAAAUACGGCAGUCGUCCAGUCAUGAUUGUUGGCGGCUGCCUGUCGGGCUGUGGCAUGAUUGCAGCCUCCUUCUGUAACAGUGUGCAGGAACUUUACUUGUGUGUUGGAUUCAUUGGAGGUCUUGGGCUUGCCUUCAACUUGAAUCCUGCUCUGACCAUGAUUGGCAAAUAUUUCUACAAGAAGCGACCAUUGGCAAUCGGACUGGCCAUGGCAGGCAGCCCUGUGUUUCUGUCUACCCUGGCCCCCCUCAAUCAGGCUCUCUAUGGUAUCUUUGGCUGGAGAGGAAGCUUCCAAAUCCUUGGGAGCAUCUUACUAAACUGCUGUGUGGCUGGAGCCCUAAUGCGACCAUUAGGGCCCAAGCCAAUCAAAGUAGGGAAGAAUAGGUCUAAAGAAUCCCAUCAGGAAGCUGGAAAAUCUAAUGCAAAAAAAGGGGCAGGUGAUGCAAAUACAGAAUGUAAUGGCAUAAACCCCAAACAAGAGAAACAAUCAAUUUUUCAAGAAGUUAACAAAUUUCUGGACUUAUCCCUGUUCACCCACAGAGGCUUUGUACUAUAUGUCUCUGGGAAUGUGGUAAUGGCUUUUGGGCUGGCUACACCUUUAAUCUUUCUUAGUAGUUAUGCCAAAAGUCAGCAUCACUCCAGUGAGAAGGCUGCCUUCCUUCUUUCCAUUCUGGCUUUUGUUGACAUGGUAGCCAGACCUUCUAUGGGACUUGUAGCCAACACAAAGUGGGUAAGACCUCGAGUGCAGUAUUUUUUUGCUGCUUCUAUUAUUGCAAAUGGAGUGUGUCAUCUGCUAGCACCUUUGUCCUCCAGCUAUGUUGGGUUCUGUGUCUAUGCGGGAUGCCUUGGAUUUGCAUUUGGGUGGUUUAGCUCUGUACUGUUUGAAACACUGAUGGACCUCGUUGGACCCCAGAGGUUCUCCAGCGCUGUGGGACUGGUGACCAUUGUGGAAUGCUGUCCUAUCCUUCUGGGGCCACCCCUCUUAGGUCGUCUCAACGAUGUAUAUGGAGACUACAAAUACACGUACUGGGCCUGUGGCAUAAUCCUUAUUGUUGCGGGUAUCUAUCUCUCCAUCAGCAUGGGCAUCUAUUAUCGACUUGUGGCAAAAGAACAGGAAGCAGAGAAGGAGCAGAAAAAGGAAAGUAAAGAUGUUAUGUAAGCAGCAGAAUCUGCAGAGAGGAAAGACCCAGAAGGAGGCCCCAAGGAGGAGAAGCAUCCAGUCUGAAAUCGUGGAUAAACAGAGGAGCUCUGAACCAAAGAGAUCUGAAAAAUUCUACAGAACCAUGUUUUCCUAGUGGUACUUACUACGGACAGUGGGCAUUUGUGUGGAAGUCAUACCAGGUGUUUGUUGAUAGAAUUUUUAUUACAUUACUGUAGUCAUGAUAAUUGUCACAUCGUUUUGGGGGCAGGAGACGUACCAAGAUGACAGAAGGAAAUAUCUUCUAUUUAAGGUCAUUUUAUUAAAGUAUACUUUACUUGCAGUAGAAAAAGAAUAAAGUUUCAUGAGCUUUGGCAAGGUAUUUAGUCAGAUAACUCCAGGACUGAACAUUUCAAGCAGAAAAUAAUUCCCUCCUGCCCUUUGCAGUUACUCCCCUUCCCUUCCCUACAGCUCCUGGGAGCCACUGUUCUGAUUUCUGUCCCCUAUAGUUUUGUCUUUUCCAGAAUGUAAUAAAUGCAAUCACAUAGUAUGUACCUGGCGAAAUAAGAAAUAUAUAUUUCGUCUUCAUCUCAGGUUCCUGGUACACAUUUUUGAAACCCUUGGAUUCUCUGAAGUGAUGAGUGUCUUUGGUCUGCUAAUCAGAUGAUGGGUGGCCAGCACCCCCAAGGUGACUUCAGGAUGGGACUGGUCUCCAGAAAGACCAAGGCAUGAUCUGGGGCUAGAACUUCCAGCCCCACCUCCUGACCUCAGGGCAGAGGGGAGGAGCUACAACAUCCAAUGAUUUAAAAAAUCAUGCGCGUGUAAUGAAAGCUCCAUAAGCAAAACCCUAAAUGGCCAGGUUCAGAGAGCUCCCCGGUUGAGGAAUACAUUGAGGCAUGCCAGGAGGGUACUGUGCUCAGAGAGGGCACGGAAGCUUCUUGUCACUCCCCACCAUACCUUGCCCUAUGCAUCCCAAGAAUCUCUUUCCUUUGGCUGUUGUGAGUUGUACCUUUUAUAAUAAAUCAGGAAAUGUAAGCAAAGUGUUUCCCUGAGAUUUGUGAUCCAUUCCAGCAGAUUAUUGAACCCGAGGUCAGAAAUACAGGUGGUAAUGUGGGACUUGUGACUGGAAUCUGGAGGAAUGUCUUGUGGGACUGAGCCUUCACCCUGUGGAAUCUGCCAUGCUGGACACUUAGUGUCAGAAUUUAAUUGAACUGUAGGACACCCAGUUGGUGUCUAGAGAGUUGAAGAAGUCGUUGUUGGUGUGGAAAAGAUGUGGCCUCAGAAGUAGUGCAAGUAAUAGUUCGGAAGAGCUUUCUGUGUAUGGGCUCCUUCACAGACCAUAAUGCCUUAGGAUUCAUCCAUGUUGCAUUUAUAUGAAGUUCAUUGUUUUUUAUGGCUGAGUAGAAUUUCUUUUUGUGGAUGUAUCAUAAUCUGUAUAUCCAUCACGAGUUGAUGGACAUUUAGGUCAUUUCCAUAUUGAGGCUAUUAUGAAUAAAGCUGCUACAAACGUUCACACAGAGUUCUAUGUAUGUAGAAAUACACUUUCAUUUCUCCUGAGUAAAUGCCUGUGACUGGGAUUGUGAGGCCACAUGGCAGGUGUAUGCUUCACGUUGUAAGAAACUAUCAAACUACUUUCUAAGUGGCUAUACCAUUUUGUAAUCCAGCUAGCAAUGUAUGAGAAUUCUGGCUAUUCUGUCUCAUUGUUAGCACUUGGCAUUGUCUUUUUAACUUUGCCAUUCUAGUAGGUGUCAAUUUUAAUUGACAUGUCCCUGAUGCCAAAUGAUGUUGGCCAUUUUUUCAUGGGCUUGGUCUUCUUUGUAUAUUUAGUGAAGAUUUAUCUUUUAAUCCUGACAUUUAACAGAGUUUUAAAAAUAAUUUGACUACUUUUCAAUUUUUGUCUUUCAAACUUUUUCGGUGACUCUUCCUGGCAUAUCUAACAGUGAUGUGAACAAUGUAUUUGAGAAUCCUUAAAUCGUCUGGCAGUCUAUUUAAAUAGAUGGUUGUGAGGUCCAAUAGCAUGGAAGGUUCCUUGUUAUAGGCAUGAUACAAUGUGAAGUGAAAACAAAACACAAACUAGUUAGAUCAGAACAGGAUAUAACAUACUCUCAUGGAAAAAAGGGGAAGGAAAUACAAACAAAAUUCCAAGCAUACUUGUGUUUGGAUGGUGACUUUUUUUUCCUGUAUUUGUUUUCCUUAAUGUGAAUAUGAUUGUUACCUUUUCACUAAUAACAGAGGAAAAAUGAGUAGGUUUGAAAUAGCAGAGUUCUGACAAGAGGAACUUUUCUUGUAAGAAAAUAAAGCUAAUGAUCAUUAUAAGCAGGUGUCUGUUU